CCACCGGAGGGGGGCGAACCCACGUCAACCUGUUGUUUGUCCGGUCCCCAUUGAUCUAGCCAGCGCCACAAGGAAGUGCGGCACCCACACGCUCUUGGAAAGUUCAGCAUGCAGGAAGUUUGGGAAGAGCGGGGCUGGUAGCUGGACGACCCGGCAGCGCAGGGCAGAGCAGUCAGCAAAGGCGCGGAGCGGCGCAGCAGAGGUCCACCGGCCCAAUCCGGUGGGCUUUAUUUAUUUAUAUAUUCAUUUCUGGAGCAACGCUGUCCCUAGGUCGCUGAUCCCAAAUGCACCGAUUCAUUUUCAUCUCUAUUCUUGUGUGCGCGAACUUUUGCAGCUAUCGGGACACUUUUGCGACUCCGCAGAGCGCAUCCAUCAAAACUUUGCGCAAUGCCAACCGGAGGAGAGACGAGGGCAAUCACCUCACAGACUUGUACAGAAGAGAUGAGAGCAUCCAGGUGACAGGCCAUGGCCACCUGCAGAGUCCUCGCUUCCCCAGCAGCUACCCCCGGAACCUGCUCCUCACAUGGCGCCUCCAUUCCCAGGAGAAAACACGGAUACAACUGGCCUUUGACCAUCAGUUUGGAUUAGAGGAAGCAGAAAAUGACAUCUGUAGGUAUGAUUUUGUGGAAGUGGAGGAUAUCUCUGAAACCAGCACUGUAGUUAGAGGAAGGUGGUGUGGCCACAAGGAAACCCCUCCAAGAAUAACAUCAAGAACAAACCAGAUUAAAAUUACUUUCAAAUCCGAUGAUUACUUUGUGGCAAAACCUGGAUUCAGAAUUUAUUAUUCAUUUGUGGAUGAUUUUCAACCUGAAGCAGCCUCAGAGAGCAACUGGGAAUCAGCCACAGGCCCUGUCUCUAAGCUCAAUGAAACCAAAUGCAUGGUGCAGUUGAAGGAGAUACAUGGGGUGUCCUAUCACUCUUCAUCAGUAACGGACCCCACGCUCUCUGCUGACGCUCUGGACAAAACAAUUGCAGAAUUUGAUACCGUGGAAGAUCUGCUUAAGCAUUUCAACCCAGAGUCUUGGCAAGACGAUCUAGAAAAUUUGUAUCUGGACACCCCUCAUUAUAGAGGCAGAUCAUACCAUGACCGGAAGUCCAAAGUGGACCUGGACAGGCUCAACGAUGAGGUCAAGCGUUACAGCUGCACUCCCAGGAAUCACUCGGUCAAUCUCAGGGAGGAGCUGAAGUUGACCAAUGCAGUCUUCUUCCCAAGAUGCCUCCUCGUGCAGCGCUGUGGGGGCAACUGUGGUUGCGGAACUGUCAACUGGAAGUCCUGCACCUGCAGCUCAGGAAAGACGGUGAAAAAGUAUCAUGAGGUAUUAAAGUUUGAGCCUGGCCAUUUCAAGAGAAGGGGCAAAGCUAAGAACAUGGCUCUCAUAGAUAUCCAGUUGGAUCACCAUGAGCGGUGUGACUGUGUCUGCAGCUCAAGACCACCACGAUAAGACACCGUGCACAUCUGUACAUGAAGCAUAAAAAGCCUUUUAGGUCCAGACAUGGUAAGGGACUCGUCCCACCCUAAGCAACCAAAAUUGCUUCUCAGCUGCAGUGCAGUGAACACAGGUGGAAACCUCGCUUUGUUGGUGACAUGGCAAGGAGCAGAUACCAUUAACUUCUAUAUCCAUAAAUACAGGAAUUGAUUCAUUAGUAGAUUGUGAAGAUAUGUAUGUAUCCUGAGAUACAUGUCUAUCUUUAUGUGUGUAAAUAGAUGAAGCAUUUUAUUCAGUAUAUUUACUGAGGUCCUCCAGAGACAAAUGAUUAGAUUAUUACUCAAUAAUUUUGCUGUAUUAAGAAAUGUGUCAAACAUGUAAAACAUCUCUUUAAAAAAAUAAGACUAUAAAUUUUUGAAACAUUUCACAAAACAUAUCAGUUCUUGCUUCUUAAAGAAGGCUUUUGUCCAUUAAAUAAAAGAUGUGAGAUUCUUAUGUAUAUCUUAA